AUGGCGCAACAAGAACAUGCCGGCCUCGCCAAACUCAUCCGGAGAUACGUCAGAGACUUGAUUCAACACUACAGCUGUGUUGGCAGCAAGAUCUCUUUCGGAGAUAAGCUCACAGUUCUCCGCCUUCGGUACGAAUUGAAUCGGUUUAUCCGAUCAACAGGAGAAUUGCGAAUCGAUUUCGAAGAGUCCUGGCCAAACUUCUAUGGCGAUCAAGAAGAUUUCGAGCCACGUCCAGACAGUCCCAGCAUGUCUGUCUGA